CGAUUGACUAAGCUUUAAUGUAGUAAGAUAUAAGUCGCUGGGCAGACUACUGACACAGAUUCGAUACGCAAUUUUUAGUUGGAGACAAGGUAUAAAAAAGUCUACAUAUCUUCCAACAACAACAACAACAACAACAACAACAACAACAAUAAUCACCUGAAUGCUGUCCUCCCUUUUAGCAUCGAAAACGCCUUACAUCGAUCAAACAAUCAGCUAAACUCAGAAAGUGCCUGACGAUUGAAAGAUGGAGAUUGGCUUACGUGUGCUACGCGGUCCUAACUGGACAAUGGGCGAUGAAGAUGGGGGUGAAGGCCACGUCGGGACAAUUGUGGAGCAGGCCAGUGUUGACACCGUCCACGUCAUCUGGGACGGGGGACAGGUCAGCACGUGCCGUGGUGGGUUGAGUCAGGGAGGUUAUGAUCUCCGUAUCCUGGAUAACGCCACUGUGGGCAUUAAACAUCCUCAGGUUGUUUGUGACGAAUGCCAAGAGACAGAUAUACUGGGCAUCCGCUGGAAAUGUGCAGAGUGUGAUAACUUUGAUCUCUGCUCAUUGUGCUACUUCAGUGACCGCCACGACCUCGGUCAUCAGUUCUGGAGAAUUGAAACACCUGAGUCACCCCUAGAGAAAGUGGAGCGGCGAUCAAAAAGCCUGAAGAUGCGAGUGUUGGGAAUCUUCCCUGGUGCCUCAGUGGUUCGAGGAGCAGACUGGGAGUGGGGCGACCAAGACGGUGGCAAAGGCGCCAUUGGACAAGUUGUGGAAGUUUUCACACCAGCAGCACAUUCUGCAAGGAGUGUAGUCCGGGUAGAGUGGGAAAAUGGCAUUCGAAAUGUCUAUCGAAUGGGCUUCAAAGGCAAAGUUGACUUGCAGUAUGAGGAGGAGGCACCUGGGGUAGAAUGCUAUCUUCAGCAUCUUCCAGUUUUCAAGUUACAGAAGUAUACUAAGGCAAAGCUGAGUGAGGAUAUUGUAGAUGGUGACUCAGUCUGCAUAAAUGUUGGAAAGGAGGAACUGGAACAGCUUCAGAAAGCUCGCAGCGGCUGGGCGGUUGGCAUGAUGGAGUGCUUUGGAAAAGUUGGCAAAGUUCAAGGUUUUGCAUCAAAUGGAGAUGCUAUUGUUUCCUUUGGUGCUAAGAAAUACAGGCUUUUUCCUGGAGCUUUGAAAAAGGUCACACAAAUUUCUGUUGGAUCCAGAGUACGUGUUCUUGAUGAUGAAGACAGAGUUCGGAUUCUUCAAGAUGGACAUGGUGGAUACAAUUCAAAAAUGCGUUCUUGUCUUGGGAAAGUAGGUGAGGUGAUCAAAGUAGAUGACGACGGUGACCUGGUGGUGAAGUUCAACGGAUGUCAGUGGGCGUUUAACCCAAUGUGUUGCACACCUGCCCCUAAUGAAGAUGUCGACACCAUUUCUCUUACCCAUGAGGAUGAUGACAGCGAUGGAAUGUCACUGGGUCAGGGUGGAAAUUUACUAUGGCUUCUGGCAGCCUUCAGCCAAGCAGCAAAGGAGGCGGCAAAGGAAGUGCCUAUCCAUAUAUUUCUGAAGGCCAUUGCAGAUCGGGAAGAAAUUCCUGCUCUCGAAAUGUUGAAGAAAAAUCCAAGACUGGCAACAGCACAGAUUCAGGGAUUAUCAGCUCUGCAUAUAGCAGCCAACCGUGGAUUGCUGUCCAUUACACGUGCAUUGAUUGCCGCAGGAGCUAACAUAAACGAACGAGAUAGAGAUGGCGAUACUCCUUUGACUGCUGGCAUGUCCAACAUUGAAAUUGCUGAAUUUCUUAUAAAGCAAGGAUGUGAUGUAACCAUAGCAAAUAAGAAUGGUCAGACAGCAAGUCACAUGGCUGCCAGAAGUGGUUAUUCCUCUUUGCUGAAGCUUUUGUUGAGCAAGGGAGCUGACUUCAACGCCCAGGAUGAUGCUGGUGAUACACCACUCCAUGAUGCUAUCUCAAAGAGUGAGACAUCUGCAGCUGAAGUCAUAAUUUCAUGGCCCAAACUUGACAUCCGACGCAGAAACAAGAAAGGUUUCCCCCCACUUCACUUUACUGCACUGAGAGAUGAGCCUGCUAUUACGGAACUGCUUCUCAAAAAGGACAGAACAAUAGUGGACGAACAGAAGGAUGAUGGCUUCACACCACUUCAUGUGUGUGCUUUCAAUGAUCAUCAUGGAGUUAUGCGAAUCUUGAUAGAAAAGGGUAGAGCAAUGCUGGACAAAAGGAACAAUGAAAACCAGACGCCACUUCAUGUGGCAUGCCAUCAGGGUUAUUUCAACAGUGUCCAGCUGCUUGUUGAGAAAGGAGCAGAUGUAAAUAGCAGAGACAGCACGAGCAAUACACCAUUGCAUCUUGCACUCGUGUCAGCUGGGGGAUCAUCAAUGGAUCCUAAGCUUCGUUUGCUUAUGAUGUUGGCGGGACAGUCGGACAGGAUGGACGAAGAUCAGUGCAUUCGGAUUGCGCACUUACUGAUUGAGAAAGGUGCUGACCCCACCGCCAGAAACAAUGAUAGACAUACACCUCUUGACCUCUGCAGAAGUGACAAAGCAAAAAGAGCUGUGAGAUGUUUUAUAGAUGAAAGAAGCCAAGUGACUCAAGCAUCAAGCAGCAGAGAACUCGACAGAGAACCUAACAAAUGUGUCAAGUGCCGGCAACGGGAACAAGAAAUCUUGCUUGUGCCAUGUGGACAUCGAGUGGUUUGCAGGCCUUGUUGCAACAACCUGCGUUUGUGUCCACAAUGCAGCUCCCAAGUCAAGAGCAUGUUUGACAAAAAUGGCAAAGAUGUUAAGGAAUCAUGCUCGAUCAUGUGAGCAGAAAAUCUCGGCUCUGUCAACAAAGAGUGUUAUUAUCAUGAGGCAGGAAUGGGUGAAGACACACACACACAUACUUCUCUUUUGAUCUUACUUGCUAGACGAAACAUAAAAAUGAACGAAGAGGGAACUCUACAAAAGGGACUUGGAAAAUUUGAACUAUUUUUUUUCACAAGUCACCUGCGAAUGUGAAUGGCAUUAUUAUAAUAGUUCAUUGUAUUUUAUGGAAAUUUGUAAAGUAAGUAAAUACACAUAUAUUGUGUUUCUCUCUUUUGUCUUUUUCUUUCAUUCUUUUCUUCUAGUCUUUGACUAAGAAUACAUACAUUUAUAUAUGUACAAUUUACAAACCUCUUAGGCUCAUAUUGCAUUAACGAUUUUAUCGCCAUGGAAUGUGCUGGCUGGGUCUGUUCAUCCUGGACUGUAAGAAAGGGUUGGAGGAACAGAAGUCGUUCACAAAGAAUUUUUUUCUUAAAUGAAAUUUAUUAUCCUCUCGAAAGGUUUGGGAAAAUUAAAAGCCAGUUUCAGCUAUACAGUCUGUGAAAUAAAAUGUCGCAGAUGCUUGUUUAUGUUUCACAUCUAGUACCUUUUCCUUUCACAGUGUUUGAUUAUUUUAGCCUAGACAGAUGUAUAUGUACAUGAAAUGUUGAUGUCAUUUUGUUAUUACAUUGAAAUAGUUACAUUUUGUAUCAACCUUCCUUUCUGGCAACAAAUAUUCUGGUGUAAGAAGGAUUGUCCAAAAUGAUGUGGUUGAGCAGUUGUGGACUAUGAUGCAUACAUUUCGCUUUGACCACACCAAGUACUUUGGUUUAGAAGAUUGAUUGCAUGGUUACCCUAACUUCCAAAUUCUGUCAUCUAAAAUCGUACUAACAAAGCAAAGUACAAGUGUCCACGUUAGUCGGUGCUUUUUGCAACUAGAAACUAUUUCACAAAUUGUUGUAUUUUACCUUUGACCAAAAUCAAAGUGCAGACUGUACAAGUCCACUGAAGUUCCUAUUCUUAUUUACUGAUUAUGUGGGUCAAGCACAAGCUAAGCAGUCUAGUAUUAGAAAUCUUAAACUGAACUGACCUUUCCGACUCUUGGCAUCCUCGGAUAUACGCCAUUCGCUGGGAUCGGCUGAAAUUGAUAGUUCAAUGUCAAUAACGAUUAUUCUCUUUAUUAUGAUGCUAACCAACGGCGGUCACCAUACCCGCCACGCUUCAUUGCACCGCAAACCUAACUUAGAAGAUUGUUGAUUGCAUUGGCCUCAUUUUUUAUGUAAAUGGAUAAAGAAAGUGACGUAUUCUGCUGUCGGUAGCAGCAAACAUUUUCACAAUUUUUGAUGAAGUUCGGAGGUUUAUAGAGGAUUUUAACCAUAGUGUUAUGGUGUUAGUCUUUAGUGAAGAAAGAUGGAGGGAGGAGGGUCAGAAGGUGCUAAAGGCAUCAGAUUAGGAAUUUCACUUUUUCCCGUUUAUUUUAGCCGAGGAAAUGAGUUUUAUGUGCGGUGUCUGCGUGAGGGGCUCUGUGAAUGAAAUGGGCGGGAAAUAAUAAAAAUAAUCCCCAAUAAAGCCCACUUUCCAGCGUGGUAGUGAGUUCAAACAAAAUGCAACGCUAAAAACAAAUAGAGUAACGCGGCUACAAACUUUUCAAAAUAAAAGGAGAUGUGUGGGAGAGAGAAAUAAUGGGAAAAUGAGACAAUCAGCUGCUAUAGGUAUUAAAGAAAGAAGUAGGUCUUAUGGUCAGAUUUGCCCCAAGGGGUUCAUUGUAUAAUACUACUGGGAUAAUUUAUUAAACAGAUUAGUAUGCGAGACCGGCUAACCAACGGGCGGAUGGGGCGAAGUCCUACAACCACGACAUCAUGAGAGUUUGUAAAGAUAUUCUUCAUGAUUUGUAUACACGGUCAUAUAGCUGUAUGUACUUUAUUAACACUAUUUGUAAUUACAUUAAUUAUACUUUA